UAGAGAGGCGGAGGAGGAGGAGGCUUCCUCCUGAGCUCACUUCCGGAUGAGGAGGAGGCGGGAAAGCGAAGGCCUUAAUGGCGGCGGGAGAGAGAGAGACAGGAGGACGGGAAAUGAAGACCCUAUGAAGUUACCUCUGGCAUGAUAAGAGAAUAUUGGUAUCUAGUGGAUAUUUAGGAAUUUGAAAACCAAAGUGCAAUAAUGAAAUAACUCCUAUAGGAAGAAGAAAUCUUAUCUUGUGGGAUUCCCUUUUCAUCAGAAAGGAACAAGGAAGACCAUAUUGCAGUUAAUCGUAUACGUAACUGUCAACAUGGAGGAAAAACCCUACACAAGUCUUGAGGUUGGAAAGAGCCUCGCUCAGAGUGGAUUUCCACAUACACAUCCAAGGACGCACUCUGAGGAGAAACCCUACAAAUGCCUGGAGUGUGGGAUGAGCUUCGCAAAGAGUGCUAGUCUACUUUCACAUCAAAGGACUCACACUGGGGAGAAACCCUAUACAUGCCUGGAGUGUGGAAUGAGUUUCACUUGUAGUGGAAAUCUACAUAAGCAUAAGAGGACUCACAGUGGGGAGAAACCCUACACAUGCCUUGAGUGUGGACAGAGCUUUACUGCAAGCGGAAGCCUACGUUCACAUCAAAGGACUCACACUGGGGAGAGACCUUAUACAUGCCUGGAGUGUGGACAGAGCUUCACUCAUAGAGCAGGUCUACGUUCACAUAAAACCACUCACACUGGGGAGAAACCUUAUACUUGCCAGGAGUGUGGAAUGAGCUUCACUCAGAGUGGAACUCUACGUUCACAUCAAAGGACUCACACGGGGGAGAAACCCUAUAAAUGCCAAGAUUGUGGACAGAGCUUCACCGACAGUGGAAAGCUACGUUUACAUCAAAGGACUCACACGGGAGAGAAACCCUAUAAAUGCCUGGAGUGCGGGAAAACCUUUGCUCGGAUUGGAACUCUACAUUCACAUCAAAGAACUCACACUGGGGAGAAGCCCUAUACAUGCCUGGAGUGUGGGCAGAGCUUUGCUCGUAGUGGAAGUCUACACUCACAUCAGAGGAUUCACACUGGGGAGAAACCCUUCAAAUGCCUGGAGUGUGGACAGAGCUUCACUCAGAGUGCGGGCCUACUUUCACAUCAAAAGACUCACACUGGGGAGAAACCGUACAAAUGCCUGGAGUGUGUCCAGAGCUUUGCCGAGAGCGGAAGUCUGUGCUCACACCACAGGAUGGACACCGGAGAGGAGCCCUAUACACUCCUGGAAGGAAUUUCUUAACAAUCCUGGAUGUCCAUCUAGAAAGAAAAUUUGAAAGAUUACUAAAAUACAUGAUAAUUGCAACAAGAAUCCCAUAUCCUCAAAAACGAAAGGAAGACGUUAUCCCUACUCAGGUUAACUGACUGGUGAAGAUCUUCAAACUAGCAGAUAUUAAGACACAGACACUGCUGAUUAAGGAGAAAAAUUCUAUCCCUUUCAAGAAAUGUUGUAAAUUUAAAAUUAUUCUUUGAUUACAACAAUACGGGUAUAUGUCAAGUGUAAGAUUGAUGAAUUAGAAUAGUGGUACCAAAUAAUAAUAAUAAUAAUAAUAAUAAUAAUAAUAAUAAUAAUAAUAAUAAUAAUACAGUAGUAGUAGUAAUAGCAAUACAGUAGAGUCUCACUUAUCCAACAUAAACGGGCCAGCAGAAUGUUGGAUAAGCGAAUAUGUUGGAUAAUAAGGAGGGAUGAAGGAAAAGCCUAUUAAACAUCAAAUUAGGUUAUUAUUUAUUUAUUUAUUUCAAUUAUUUAUACCCCGCCCUUCUCACCCAAGGGGACUCAGGGCGGCUUACAAGUGGCAAUUGAUGCCGUUAUACAAUAAACUAAAACGAUUAAAACAGUUAAAACAGUCAUAAAAUACAAUAUACAAAGUUUAUUUUACAAAUUAAGCACCCAAACAUCAUGUUAUACAACAAAUUUGACAGAAAAAAUAGUUCAAUACGCAGUAAUGCUAUGUAGUAAUUACUGUAUUUACAAAUUUGGCACCAAAAUAUCACGAUGUAUUGAAAACAUUUACUACAAAAAUGCGUUGGAUAAUCCAGAACGUUGGGUGAGUGUUGGAUAAAUGAGACUCUACUGUAGUAGUAGUAAUAGUAAUAAUUAUAAUUAUAAACUAUUCAUACCCUGCCACCAUAUGCAGAGUGGUACAUAUAAAAUAAACAGUACAUAAAAAUGAUAAUACAUAAAAGUAUAGCAACAACAAAGGCAGAAGUGUGCUUAUAUAGGAUUGUCUUAAUGGAGUAUAAUAAUAAGCUAGUAAAAACCAACGGGUAGAGAGUGAUGUUUGUGGAAUUAGACCCACGUCUGUCUGUUUUUUGUUUGCUGGUGGCAAUAAAAAGGGAACUAGACGUGUGUUACUGUAGGAGAUUCCUUUUUGGUUCCUUUUCACUAAAAGAUAAUAUAACCACCAGACAGAGAAUGUAAAGGGUUGUUGUAUGUCUUUCGGGCUGUGUGGCCAUGUUCCAGAAGCAUUCUCUCCUGACGUUUCGCCCACAUCUAUGGCAGGCAUCCUCAGAGGUUGUGAGGUAUGGAGAAAACUAAGCAAAGAGGUUAAUAUAUAUCUGUGGAAAGUCUAGGGUGAGAGAGGUCAGUGUGAAUGUGUAGUUAAUCACUUAAAUUAGCAUUGAAAAGCUUAUCUGCUGUCUUCUUCCUGCCUCUGGGGCAUCCUUUGUUUAGAGUCGUUAACUGCCCUUGGUUGAUUCAUGUCUGGAAACCCUCUGUUUUCAGAGUAUUGCUUUUUAUUUACUGUUCUGAUUUUUGAGUUUUGUAAUACUGGUAGCCAGAUUUUGUUCAUUUUCAUGGUUUCUUCCUUUCUGUUGAAGUUGUCCACAUGCUUGUGGAUUUCAAUGGCUUCUCUGUGUCGUCUGACAUGAUAGUUGUUAGAAUGGUCCAGCAUUUUUGUGUUCUCAAAUAGUAUUCUGUGUCCAGGCUGGUUCAUCAAAUGCUCUGCUAUGGCUGAUUUCUCUGGUUGAAUUAGUCUGCAGUGCCUUUCAUGUUCUUUGACUCUUGUUUGGGCGCUGCGUUUGGUGGUCCCUAUGUAGACUUGUCCACAGAGAAUGUAAAGUCCUUACAUUAGAUAACACGGAUUGUUUAUAGUUUGUAGCUGUUGGGUUUUUUAUGUUUAGGGUAUAGUAGUAGUAGAGUAGUAGUCUAGAAUUUUUUUUGUAGAUUAUGUUUGUUUGUUUUUUUGUUCUUGUAUGUUUGUAAGUUUUAUUUUAAUCUGUCUAAAUAAAAAGUUACAGAAGGAGGUUUGGGCAAGAUGCCAUUUGGGGUCCCUGUGGGGUCCUGGGAUUCAUUGCGAUGGGCCUAGGCUUCAACCACAUUGUCGGCCCCCAUUUUCUCUCUCUUCUUGCUUUUUUGUCUCCUGUGAGGACGCAUUUCCAAUAACGUGCUUGAAGAAUGUCAAGAUGCAGCUGAAUGCAUAUUUUUCUGAUAUCUUUACUUUUUACCUACCUUAGAAUAUAAGGUUUAGAACGUUAGUUAGCUCCAAGAACUUUCCUAUCCCGAAUGUAUUUCCUUGACUUCAGUAAAUACUUUAGAACUUGUAUUUUGGCUCUGCCAUCCUGAGCAACAGCGGCUUAUCACAGCUCAACACACCUCCGCCCUCCUCUCCCACGAAGCCCCCUCCCUUGCCGGCCUGAGGUGACGUCACUCCCUCCCUCCCCCGAAGAAGAAGAGAGGAGGCCUCAUUGGCCGGCCGCCUUCUCGCCGCCCAUCAAUCCAAAUCGAAGCGGAGAAAGCAGCCAACGGGAGACGUCUGGUGGGCGGGGCUUGAGGCAGGCAGCCAAUGGGUAGGCGAAGGCUGCCUUCGAGGUGAAGACGGAGGAGGGCGACGACAGCAAGGACGAGGCCUGUCUUUGUGAGGCGGGAGCGAAGCACACACACGUGUAGGGAAGUGAGGAUUCUAUGAAGCCGCCUCUCAGGUGCCGUAAGGAAACCAAUAAUACAGGAAGAAGGUGAUCCUCUUGCAGAAUUCUUGACCUCACUUACAAAUAAGAAAGGAAAAAAGAAGAGCCGAGUAUUGGCCUUUCGACUGAACACCCAUAUCACUCACUAUCGACAUGAAGGAAAAAGCAUCUCAAUGCCUGGAGUGUGGGAAGAGCUUCACUCGGAGGGAUCGUCUGCAGCAACACGAAAGGACUCACUCUGGGGAGAAGCCCUACCAGUGCCUGGAGUGUGGGAAGAGCUUCAGUGAGAAUGGAAGUUUACGCAGACAUCAGAGGACUCACACGGGGGAGAAGCCCUACAAAUGCCUGGAGUGUGGGCAGAGCUUCACUCAGAGUUCAACUCUACGUUCACAUGAAAGGACUCACUCUGGGGAGAAACCUUAUACAUGCCCGGAGUGUGGGCAGAGCUUCACUCAGAGUUCGGUUCUACGUUCACAUCAAAAGACUCACACUGGGGAGAAACCCUAUAAAUGCCUGGAGUGUGGGCAGGGCUUCACACGUAGUUCGGAUGUACUCACGCAUCAGAGGUCUCACACUGGGGACAAACUCUAUAAGUGCCAGGAGUGUGGGCAGAGCUUCACUCAUAAUUCAGCUCUACGUUCACAUCAAAGGACUCACACUGGGGAGAAACCUUUUAUAUGCCUGGAGUGUGGACAAAGCUUCACUCGGAGGGGUUAUCUGCAGCAACAUGAAAGGACUCACACUGGAGAGAAACCCUACAAAUGCCUGGAGUGUGGACAGAGCUUCACUCAGAGUUCAGUCCUACGUUCACAUCAAAGGACUCACACUGGGGAAAAGCCCUAUAAGUGCCUGGAGUGUGGACAGAGCUUCGCUCACAGUGGAACUCUACGUUCACAUCAAAGGACUCACUCUGGGGAGAAGCCUUAUAAAUGCCUGGAGUGUGGACAGAGCUUCACUCUUAGUGGAAGUCUACGUUCACAUGAAAGGACUCACUCUGGGGAGAAGCCCUACAAUUGCCUUGAGUGUGGACAGAGUUUCACUCUGAGUUCAAAUCUACUUAGACAUCAAAAGAUUCACAUGGGGAAGAAACUCUAUAAUUGCCUUGAGUGUGGACAUGGUUUCAACCAGAGUUCAAAUUUACAUAGACAUCAAAGGACUCACUCUGGGGAGAAACCUUAUAAAUGCCUGGAGUGUGGACAGAGCUUCGCUCUGAGUGGAAGUCUACGUUCACAUGAAAGGACUCACUCUGGGGAGAAACCCUAUAAUUGCCCUGAGUGUGGACAGAGUUUCACUCUGAGUUCAAAUCUACUUAGACAUCAAAAGCUUCACAGGGGGAAGAAGCCCUACAAUUGCCUUGAGUGUGGACAGAGUUUCACUCAGAGUUCAAAUCUACUUAGACAUCAAAGGGUUCACUCUGGGGAGAAACCCUACAAAUGCCUGGAGUGUGGACAGAGCUUUGCUCACAAUUCAGCUCUACAUUUACAUGAAAGGACUCACACUGAGGAGAAACCCUUUAAAUAAUAAUAACAACAACUUUAUUUAUAGACUGCUCUCUCUCUCCAAGGGUACUCAUGGAGUGUGGACAGAGCUUCACUCAGACUUAUCUAAGUGACAUUUUUCAGUAUUAUUUCCAUUCCAUCCCAAUAUUUCAAUAUUAUUUCAAUAUUACUUGUAAUAUUAUUUAUAAAAUAUGUAAUAUUUUUUCUUCCAAUGUGGUUUAAAUACUAUGUGUCCCAGGGAGGUGAAGAUCUUCCCUGAGUUUAAGUCUAGCCGGGUCCAACUCCCCCGAGUGGCUGGACAUCUCCAUUCCCAUAAUAAUAUUAUGAUGUAAUACAAUGUAAUAAUAAUUAUAAUUCACUAUUAUAAUUGUAUAUUUAUAUUACAUGCAAUAUUACUAAUAAUAUUGCUAUAUAGUUGUAUAAUAUAAUAUAUUGUAUGUAUAUAUACUUGUAAACCGCCCUUUGGGGUGAGAAGGGCGAUAUAUAAAUAUCACAAAUAAUAAUAAUAAUAAUAAUUCCCAAUGCAAAGAGCCAGCGUUGUCCGGAGACACCGCCAAGGUUGUGUGGCCACGGGCACGGCAGCAUGGAGUUCCAGUGUUACUUUCCUGCCAAGAGGAGUGGGCUCACCCCGCUUUCUGGGUUUGAAAUUUCCGGAUUCGCAAAGUUCAGUUCUUUGCAGUACCUAUUUAUCUACUCAUAUUUGCAUGUAUUUGAAAGGCUGGGUUGGCAGAAGACAGUUUUCAAUAAUGUAAUUAUUAAAACCUAAGUGGCCUUUCAUGAGUACUAGUGGAUAUUAUAACGUUUACUACUCAGGAAAUAACAUUUCUGAAGAUCUGCUCUAUAUUUUGUGUGUUGCCGUAUCUUUGUUCCUAACAGUUCAGAGAGAUUACCAGGUACAUCAGUCUAACAACUGAGAAACCUAAGUGGCCUUUCAUGAGUACUAGUGGAUAUUAUAGUAUUUACUACUCAGGAAAUAACACUUCUGAAGAUCUGCUUUAUAUUUUGUACAUUGGCAUAUCUUUGUUCCUAACAGUUCAGAGAGAUUACCUGACACAUCAGUCUAACAACUGUGAAACCUGAGUGCCUUGCAUGAGUACUAUAUAUACGUUUUUAAGGUUUUUAUAAUGUGUUUUAACAAUGUUAUUAAUGGCUCUUUAUGUAUUGUUCUGUUUUUAUGAUUGCAUUUUUGUGCAUUAAAUUUUGCCAAUUUUUGUAAGCCGCCCUGAGUCCCCUCGGGUGAGAAGGGCGGGGUAUAAAUGUUGUAAAUAAAUAAUAAUAAUAAUAAUAAUAAUAAUAAUAAUAAUAAUAAUUUUAUUCUUGUACCCCGCCUCUAUCUCCCCGCAGGGACUCAGGGCGGCUUACAAAUGCCAAAGAGUAUACAAACAAAAACAUCAAAUACUGAAAAUGCACAAAUGAAAAAUUAAAACAUACGAUUAAAAUCAAACAAUUGAUAAGACAAGAAUUUGAUAUUUAAACAUAUUUCAAUAAAUUUAAGUCCUUUCUCA